AUGGCACCCCGCCAAAACCUGGCCUUGAAGAUCUUCUGUUUAUGCUGCCAGGACUGUGAGGAGCCGGUCACUGAGGUCUCCAAGGUUCCCAAUCAAAACCAGACAAGCAAGCCACCAACCCACAAUUCAAAACGUCAGAAAGAUGAGUUGGGCGGACCAAAUCUCCAGCGUACUACUGCACAGUCCUUCGUCGGUCAAGAAAAGAAAGACUCCUCCAGCAGCAGUGAUUUUGAGGAGCUGACUGAAUACAAUAUACAAACAGGGUAUUGCAAAAAGAAUCUAAACCGCUACUGCCAGGAGCACUGGUCCUUCCAACCGUGUCUCAUCGGGAGACCCUGAGGUUUCUAGAGGCAGCACCACACAGGCUCUGAGCUGCAUGGCUGCUGGAGGGUCUCCACGAGGAGGAAGAAGGUGGUGGGCAGGAGUCAUGAAGACUGAUUCAGAAACUCCCCUGAAGGAAGAGAAGAGGUCUGAGCC